GCUUUGCUGGUUGCGCCCACUUUUAACCCGUCGUGGUGACUGAACGUGCGUCUCAGAUGUGACUGCUCCUCACAAAAACAUCUCCAAUGGCUCCUAAAUACGCUCCAAGCCUGCGCUCCCGUUUGGCACCUUUGCUGCUUUUUCUGCAGACAGGUUUUAUCAUCAUAUCUGCGUUUUUCUUUGAAAUCGAAAACAACAUAAACCUUAAAAAGGAUUACUUCAUCAACGUUUACCCAGCGUUCCAGGAUGUGAAUGUGAUGGUGAUUUUAGGGUUUGGAUUUUUCAGCACCUUCCUUGUGCGCUAUGGUUUAAGUAGCUCUGGGUUCAACCUCCUUGUAGCUGCCAUGGCCACACAGUGGGCAAUCAUUCUGAACGGCAUCGAGUCCUGUUACACCAGAGGAAAGAUUAAGGUCGAUUUGAAAAGCAUUUUAGUUGCAGAGAUGUGUGCAGCUUCUGCCCUCAUUGCAAUCGGACCCAUGCAGGGGAAGAGCAGCCCCGUCCAACUCAUCCUCGUUGCACUGAUGGAAGUGUCAGGAUUCAUCUUGAGCGAAUGGCUCCUCCGGGUUCUCCUGGAAGUCCGACCUCUGAGUAGCAUCAUGCUGCUUCACAUCUUUGGGGCCUUCUUUGGACUCACGCUGACAUGGAUCCUGUACCGCAAAGGCUCAAAUCAGGGAUUUGAGAAAGAGAAAGUUGACAAGAAAUCUGGAUUAUUCUCCAUGUUGGGGACUGUGUUUAUCUGGAUGUUCUGGCCCACCUUUAAUUCAGUCCUUGUGGACGAGCGUUAUCCUGGGAGGAAGCUGGAGGCGGUGUGCAGCACCUACCUGGCCCUGGCUGUUAGUGCUGUGACAGCAGCUGCUCUUUCUGUGUUCAGCAGUCCCAGGGGAAAACUCAACCUGAUCCAAAUUCAGUCAUGCAUCCUCGCUGGUGGCGUCGCUGUCGGGGUUCCCAUAUCGGUAGUUCAUCACCCUUGGGAAGCCAUGGCAAUCGGAUUUACUGCUGCCAUUAUAUCCACCAUCGGAUUCAAAUAUCUGAAGAUCCACAUGCUGCUUGCAUUUGAGUGCCAUGACACCUGCGCUGUUCUGAGCACACAUGGACUUCCAGGGCUACUAGGAUGGCUUGCACAUUUCCUUCUGCAGAUGAAAGACUAUAGUGAUCAUACAUUGGCUGUCCGUUUUGCCAUGUUCCACAUUUGUACACUCUGCAUAAUCAUUUCUGUAAGUUUGUCCAUGGGAAUCCUUACAGGACUUCUUCUCAAGUGGAACUUCUGGAGACCCCCCCAAAACAAUAAGUGCUUUGAUGAUCAAGCUUACUGGGUGGUACGUGAAUGCAGAGAUGCAGAAAUGUUAUGCAGUUACUACCUUGAACGGCAAAUACACAAACACGUUUUUUGGACUUCAAAUUUUUGUCUUUUGCAGUUUCCCAAUCUUGCAGUGCGCAAGUAAGAGGAUACAAGAAGACCAAGUCUAACCCAGAGGCAAAAGGCAUUCUGGCACUAAUUCUCAUCACUGGACACAUCACUUUGACGUAAAACCAGAAACUUGUUAUUGUGUAUGAGAAAUAAAAACCAAGGCUCAACUGUGGAAAGAGGAAUGUCAAGACUCAUUUACUGCUCAGUAUGCUGAAAAAAACCCAAGGUCAGAGACGGCCUUGAUGUUUUGGAAAUUACAGCAGAAAAAAUGGUUAGGUGUUGUAAUUAAAUACAAAUCACUUAGGUAACAACACCCAAAUGUUAAGAAACGUUUGUUGUCUUCUAAUCGGCUUUUAAUGAGCUUUUUAAAUUCAACAAUGAAUCUGUUUUACUGCAAAGCUUUACAGUUGAUCUGGUGUUACU